CUACAGUCAUACUGCCUUAGAUACAGUAAUCAGAAACAGUCUAUGAAUGGGCAUUAAAGUGAAAAUAGCGAAAGUUUAUUUAAACUGAACUUUCCUAAAAUAUACGUAUACAAUAGUGAAAUAUUGUUAGUAUCUGUUUAUGCGCAGUAUUUAUUUAAAGGUGUUUGUUAAGCCAGAAAUAGCGAGCAGUUUCCUGUAACAAGAAUUACGUGCGUGUUGGAAUUUUUUAUUCGCAGGCUAAAGAGCUGAUCCAAUUAAGUGAUUUCUACGUUUUAUUGUGCAAGUUUAUGUGUCAUGUAAGGUCCCAAUAAUUGAAAGUGGUAAUUUAUUUGAUGUCUAGUUGAUAGUGGUAGUAGAAUAUACCAGAUUAAUGGACAUUUUAACAGCAGUAUACAUUUGAAAAGGAAAGGAGUGUUAAAGAUUGAAUAAGAAUUUAAUCCAAAAAGAUAAUAAACAGAUUUUUUUUUCUAUAAGAGAAGAAAACUAUUCAGAAGUUUAUAAGGAAUAGGAGCUAAAAAGUACAAUUGGAUUUAAUAUUUGAAUUUAUUAACUUAUAUUAAAUAGAUAAUAAAGUGAUUGGGUGACUUACAGUAGGUCAAAGAUGGCAGUUUAACAGCAUAUAUUUUAUUGUUUACUGUUGCUGUUGACAAUUGGAUGCAGUGUGUUAACAAUUUGUGACUUGAUAAGAGAAGCAUUGGCAACUGAUAUUUUAUAAAGAAAAUGCCAAAAAAAGGGAACCCUACGCAUAGUGACAGCAACUUUAAGGAACCAAAACCGACACCCAGAAUAAAAUUGUUUAAAGAGGACAGGCAUAAUUUAUUUGAUAUACUUAAAGAUGCUGAUAAAUCAGCUGCUAAAAGGGAUUACAAUUUCAAGACUGAUGAAAUAUUCAGACGGAUGAAAGUUACAACAUUUGUACAGUUGAUUAUGCAAGUAGCGGAGUAUGACAACACAUGUUCACUUUACGGUAAGUCAGAGAAUGGCUCAGAGCGGCCAGACACAGCUGAUGAUGAGGUAUAUAGAAUACAGCGAGGGGGUGGUGAUCGGUCCCCUGCACCAUCACUAGCUGUCACAGAAGGUGAUUAUGGGGCACCAGCAGCAGGAAAUACAGGAAGAUCUACUUUACAAGGGGUCAUCAAAGGAGAAGGAGAAUUAGAUAGAAAUAGGGAACAAAGAUCAUCAAAUAAUUUCUCAGAAAAUGUAUUAUCAGGAUGUCCAUACUUGUUGUUAGAUGUUAGAGAUGAGGAUAGUUUUAAACAAUGUCAUAUCAUCACAGCAAAAAAUUACCCAUCAGCCAUGCUGUCUCGAGCUUGUAACUAUGAAACCAAAGAUAUGCUGGCUUUUAAAAAUCAGCCAGGAAAGAUUAUUGUAGUAUAUGAUGAGACAGAGAAUUUAGCAAAUCACUGUGCAACAACUCUAUAUCAACGUGGAUAUGAUAAUUUAUUCCUGUUAUCUGGAGGUAUGAAAGUAGCAUAUAAGAUAUUCCCUGAGGGAUUACUGACAGGAACUCCUUCAGAUACAGUUAGUGAGACCCCUAGAUCUAAACGCAAACCAGAAAUGGCUGACAGGGAUAAGUUUACUGCAGACGAUUUGGCGAAAAUUGAUAUUUACUUAAAUAACGCUCUCUGUGAUAAAAGUUCAGGAAGUCGUCUGUCAAAGGCUAGCACUGCGGCAAGUAGGAUGAGUAAUAACUAUUCAUCAUCAAAAGGAUAUAAGACACCAAACUCAGUGGCCUCUGGUAGAGCCUCACAUCAAACACCAUUCAAACCUUGAUAAUUGUUACAAAAAUCUACUGGAGAGAUGCAGAAUUGAGAAAGCCUUAUUGGAAGUCACUCUGGUCCUGCUUGUGUUGAUCAUUGUGUGAAUUACCUCCCUUUAAUUACAUUUUUUAUUGGUCAAGUUGUUUUAUAACUACAGGUUAAAGAUGUAUAUAUGGUACUGUCUUGUACUGUAUAGUUAUAUUAUUAUAAUUGUUCACUCGUUACAACUGGUAACACUGCACUUUUCAGUCAAUGCAAUAUCUAUUAAUAUUUUUAACAGUGUAAAAUUUAUGUUUUGGUGACAGAAAGUAUAUUUUAAAGUAAAUAAGUUGUGUACAUGUACACUACUUGUAUUUUUGUGUUUGAUGAUAUUUUAAUCAUCAGAAUUUUUUUCGUUAAUAUGGAAAAUGUUGAGUUGAACCAUCCAAGACUUGUGUUUUGUCUCAGAUCAACAGUGAUUGACUUCCCACAAAAGAAAACAACCCUGAAUGCCAUAUUAAAGUGAAGAGUAAAGAAGUUGUCAUUGAUGUCAAAAAUAGACCUUGUGGUGUUAAAGAUUAAUAUGAAUAGUAUUAAUUCAAGAGCUAGUGACUUGAAUAUCUUUAUAAAGGAAAAACCUCAAAUACAUUACGUGAAGGGUUGUUUUCUAAUGUUGACAGUAACAGUCACUUUUAUACAUUUUUCUUCAUUUCUUGCUCAAGUGAAUUUCUGUAUUGACAAUAUUAUAAGACUGCUAUUUGUUGUGUAUAACAGAUCAAAUAUACUAUAAUGCAGCAGUUCCCGGGAUAGAACAAGUGGUGUCUUUUGUUCUUGGGGGGCAGUGACACUGACUUAGAUACAAACAGUUUUAUUUUUGGCCUAACUUUAUAAGUAAUCAUUUUGUGUAUCACUGCAGGUUUUAAUUAAUCACCAUCUUAUAUUAGCAUUCUAUCAUCCCAUAUUUUCUCACAAACAUUUUCUGUAUAAUGUCUGUUUAUUUCAUUUAUCUUUUAUGUAUCUUUUUUUUAUUUUAGUGAUUAUUAUUUUUAAGAAAUGUGUAAUUUAAAAUUUCCAAUCUUAAGAAAGCAACAAUAACAAAAGCAUCACUAGCAUGUAUUUAUUUUUCUAUUUAAAUUGUUCAUUCAUUCUUCAGAUCAUUUUUGUGACCUUUGGUACAAAUAUAUAUUUCAUUACAUGUUACAUUAUGAAGGAAUGAAUGCAAAAGAAACAUUUAUGUUGUUUAAAUGGUGAAUGAGAGUAAGUUAAUGAAUGUGUUAGUGUGUUUAACCUACAUUAUGGUACAAUUUUACCUUUAAUAAUAAAAAAAUGUGGACACCGAUAUAAUAAUUAUUUUAAAAAAAUUUGAAACUCAAAUGGUAUGGUUCAUAUUGAAGCAUAUGUGUAUAUAAGAUUUUGAUUUGUGUAAAAUAUGUAUACAUGUAUUAUAUAUCUAAUUUAUAAUUAAUUUUUACAGCAAUAUUACUAUAAAAUCAGCAUUUUGGCACCAACUAAUAUACACGUGGGAACUUUAUCUUAUACUAUAGAACUACAUGUAGUUUUCUUCUGGCUAACAGCAUUACUGUAUUAACAUACCCACAAGUCUUGCCUCUACAAAGAAAUGGUGUAAUUACAUAUUCAGUAUUUUUAUUCUCUUGAAAGUGAUUUAUGUUGGUUGAUAGAUAAGCAAUUGUUAAUUUCUGCAUUUUGUUAAAGUAAUAAUGUGUUAACUGUAUUGUAUGUGAGUAAAUGUUCUAAAGUCAAAGUAUGUAUUUUAUUUAUUGUGAUGAAUGCUGUAUAUUUAUAUUCAUGUGCUUUUCUUUGUUUCCUCUGUCAUUUACAAAUGUGCUACAUUAUUAAUAAGAAACAUACAUACAUAUAUAUUGUGAAGUCACUGUAGGUGAAUUUUGUGGCAUUAAGUGAAAAUAUAUUUGGAAUUUGAUGGAUUCAGUUUGAUCUAGAUAUCUUGCUAUUUUUAUAUUAUUCUUAACUCCUUAUUUCUUUGUUACAGACAUUAUCAUAAAAAAGCUGUCUGAAGAAAAUCUUACAUUAUUCUGUAGUCGGAAUUUGUGAAAUGCAAAUGUUAAGAAGAUUUUUUUCCUCUAACAGUCACAAAGUCUUGGGUAGAAAUAGAUAUUUUUUCAGCAAUAUUUAUAUAAGUACACAAAAACUGUUACCAUGUAACAAAAAUAAAUGUAUUUUAUUGUUUAAUAUUCAACUCUUUGGAAAUACUAUGUUCUAAAAUGAAAAUUCAUCAAAUACAUGCGAUAUUUUUUCAUUUAAUUAUCCUUAAGAUAAUCUAAUUUAGAUAUGUUAAAACUGCCCUAUCUGUCAGUAUUUAUGUGUUAAAUUUUCCCUUUUGUUAGCAUCAACUAGAUUAGCUUUUGUAACGUGAUCGUGUUAGCAGAUAUUUGGCAUUUGUCUUUAACUACAGCCUGAUAAUAAUGUCAACAUUAAUAUCAUGUCUCUACAAUAGUAUGAUGUCAUUUGACAACAACAAAUUUAUAUAAACUAGACUGUAAAGAAAUUCAAAAAACAUUUAGAAUGAGGGAAUCAAAAUAUUUCUCUCUUGACUUGGCAACUGUUUCAGGAUAGAGUCAGAAUUUAUAGAAGUUUAUAUGUGAUUUUUAUGGGAAUCUAGAGUAAAACCUAACUGAUUCUUUUAUUUGUUCAUAUUACAUCUCCUGGUUGACAAACCUAUGUGACUAUUGAACAAUGUCCAAAGCAGAAAGUACAUAAAAUUUUCCUGAUUUGGGUAGGUUUCCUAAAACAUGUCUGCCCAGUGUCAUGAAUUUUUUGCCAAUUGUUUCAAAUAGAUUUGGCAAGAGGAGAAAGUUCAAAAAGUAAAAGUUUACUUCAGUUGAUUUAAUGCACUCAGCAUAGUAGAACAUGUAUAGUUUGCUCAUUAACUUUGUGUUCAGUGAUCACAAUAAUGGUUGUAUCUCGGGUGUAUUAUUUUAUAUAAGAUAUUGUCCUAUAAUAUCAUCAAGUUUUAUGUCUUCUUUUGAUGUGUCAUCAUUGUAAAUGUGCUUGUGAUAAAAUACUGGAAUAAAAAGUGCACAUUUUACAAA